AUGAUAUCCCGCUCUUCUUCACUAAUAUUGAUUCACCCAGAAGCCAUCAUCAUUACCCUUUAUGAUGUCAACUGUGUCCUCUCACAAUCAUUAUCUCAAUAUGUCGGAUGGGUCAUCGCGGCCACUAUGUCGCUAUGCAUGCAUAUGGCCACAAGUGGGCAUAUGGGGAGGGAACUGAAAGACUAUGAUCAAGCGCCAGAGAUAUUGGGGUUGAUAGACAGGCAAGCAGGUGCCAUCGGUCUUGAGAUUAAUUGUGGUAUCAAAGCUCAAGACCUUCAGGAACAGUGGGUGGAUCAGAAGAAGUCCCAACUGUCCAUUCAUGCUCAUAAGUCCAAAGAGCUUGACAUUAUCCUUGCUCUGCAGGCUGAUUUAGAUGCAUCAGAUAGGGAAUUGCAACUCACAUGUACUGUGGUAGAGAAAGGCUUGGCUACCAAAGAAACCUUAGAUGCUCUAGAGAGCCUUGAGCGCAGUUGUGAUUUUCAGAACUACAAGGCAUUGGUUUGA